AUGGGCAAGGGAGUUGCAGUGUUGAACAGCAGUGAGGGUGUUAAGGGGACCAUCUUCUUCACCCAGGAAGGAAACGGUACCACCACUGUGACUGGAACUGUUUCUGGACUUAAGCCUGGUCUCCAUGGUUUCCAUGUCCAUGCUCUUGGUGACACCACUAACGGUUGCAUGUCUACCGGUCCACAUUUCAACCCUGAUGGUAAAACCCACGGUGCACCUGAGGAUGCUAAUCGACAUGCUGGAGAUCUAGGAAACAUCGUUGUUGGGGAUGAUGAGAACCAAUGUUUUGUGUUCGUUUUACAGAUCCCUCUUGAUGGACCAAACUCUAUUGUGGGAAGGGCUGUUGUUGUCCACGCAGACCCUGAUGACCUCGGAAAGGGAGGCCAUGAACUCAGCUUGGCUACUGGAAACGCAGGCGGUCGUGUUGCUUGUGGUAUCAUUGGUCUUCAGGGCUAAGCUGUUACUUUUCGAGGAAGAGAGUGAUGUAAUAAGGAGGUCCUUACCUCUAGACAUGGCUAGUUUGUGUAUCUUUGGUGUGUGGCUGUAUUAAUCAUUGAGCUUAGUGGCUCAAUACAUUUGAUUCAAGACCAAAAAAAAAACACAGAGAAAAUUCAAACUAUUUCUAUUUCUGAUAACAGUGAAGGUGGUUGAAAAACAAUAAAGAUUUGAAUAUUGCAGUAUGGUCAGUUGUUUUGUCUUCUUAUGUCAAAACCAAAAAUCAAAUUUUCAGUCAA